AUGGGAAAGGCCAAGAAGACGAGAAAGUUUGCAGCGGUGAAACGCACGCUCUCCCAGAAAGACCCGCGUCUAUCCAAGAACAAACCACCAGGCUCAUCAUCAUCUUCCACCGUUAAUAAAAAAAGCGACCCCGAGCUCUCGACCCACAUCCCGCAAGUCUCCUCCUCGCUCUUCUUCAAAUUCAACGACGCGAUAAAGCCGCCGUACCAAGUGUUAAUCGACACAAACUUCAUCAACUUCAGCAUCCAGAAGAAGAUUGACAUUGUGCGCGGGCUAAUGGACUGCUUAAUGGCGAAAUGCAUCCCGAUAAUCACCGAUUGCGUAAUGGCCGAGUUGGAGAAGUUGGGCGCUAAAUACCGUAUCGCGUUGAAACUCGCGAAAGACCCCAGGAUACAGCGGUUGACUUGUACCCAUGGUGGCACUUAUGCUGAUGACUGUUUGGUUAACCGGGUGAUGCUGCAUAAGUGCUACAUUGUUGCUACGAACGAUGCGGAUCUCAAGCGCAGGAUACGGAAGGUGCCCGGGGUGCCUUUGUUGAGCGUUGGUGCGCAUAGCUAUGUGGUUGAGCGCUUGCCUGAUGUUUUUUGA